AUGAAACUGUUUGUGUCUUGCUGCGUUGCGUUGCUGGCUGCAAUAAUUGGGCGUUCAGAUGCUCAGGACACGAAAUAUGCGCUUGGGCAAAACUAUACUGGCGAACGCAAUCGCGGAAGUCAACCCGAGGGGCGCUGUGUUCCAACAAAGGAGUGUGAGGUGGAUGAGGAGUUCAACUGUUGUGGACCAUGUUUUCAGCUGACCUGCUUCGGCACCCCAAUCGAGUGCGGCGAUCAGUGCUUCUCGGAGUGUUACUGUGCUGAGGGCUACGUACGAGAAUUCCCCGGCGGGCGAUGCAUUCCGGAACUGUUUUGCCAAAGACCCGUAUUGCCAAUCCUGUCUGAUUAUGAUGAAAGCUUAUAA